AUGUGGCGAAGUGUACCUAGUGGCUCCACUCAUUACACCUCUGAUGGUUUCACCUUUGAGACACCUGAGUAUAGUGUAUUGGAAUCACAAUUUGACACACAAGACUCGCCACCUAGAGAUUGUAAUAGAUUUUGGAUUGGCCUUCUAGCCCAAGAACAAGAAACAUUUCUUCAACCUAACCGGUCACUGCCUCAGAUUCUCAGAAGCACGACAUUCACAGGCACCUCCAGGAGCUCUUCAACAUCGCAAACUCUUGCACGUUUACUUCUCCAACUCCCAAAGCUUCAAACUUUUCAGCAAGGGACAGAUAGAGAAGCAGGCCUUUCAGUUGUGAAUAUGGGGAAGAAGCCCUCGACGAAGAAGUCAACUUCCCAGAAUCGCUGCAAAGGCAAAGGUGUAGUUCCUACACCGGUGGCGCAGAACAAGGCAUCAAAGAGAAACAACAACCGUUCUGUUGUAACCAGUGAGUGGGGUUCCAGUUCCACAGCAUACCACUCAAAUCCUGCUUAUCACCCUUUGUUUGGCGUGAGGCGAUACACACACAAGAACCACAACUCAUCGGAUCCUGUGCUACAUGUCAAUGUCUUUGACCAUUUAUCUUAUAAGAAUACUUUGACACACAUUAAGGGCUGCGGAAACAACACUAUGUGGUUUAUGGUAUCAGCAUGA